AGAAAUAUUUUAGCCUGGUAACUAAGGUUUACGAGGUGACAUUGAACGCAUCAUAAGCCUGGUGCUGCUCAGAGCUCUCUCCUCUCAUCCUUUUGUGUCUCCUGUCCAAUCAGCGCGCAGAUGCGGUUUGCUGGCUGCUGAUUGGUCGCGAAGGAGGAAGAUGCGACGGCUAUGGAGGAGAAUUAGACUAGGGACUUUGCAAAGCAUCCUACUGAUGUGAUUAAUAACGUUAAAUGACUGCCAUGCAUUGACUCGCGGCGGUAUGUAGUGUAAGGCCUUUGGGAUUAUUAUCUUCUGGUCGCGGGUCGGAUUCGGUAUUUUUUUUAUUUUGUGUUGUUUGUUUUGUUGGAUGGUUUGAUGUGAUGUCGGGCCCGUGGCGCUGCGUUGUAUGUGAAGUCACUCCCUAGAUGUGUAGCUUGUGGUUACAACACUGGUAGAGCUGUCACUGAAGGUGUUGCUGUGUGAACAAUGCACGAGCGAUGUCUGAUGUUGAGGCCACGUACGCAGACUUCAUCGCCUCCGGCAGGACAGGACGCAGGAACGCCAUGCACGACAUUCUGCAGAGUCCCACCGACCCCGAGGGACGAGAAAUGCCCCUCACCCUGUCCCUGUCCCAGCUGCACAUCAACGCAGGAGGGGGAGAUGGAAACGACACUGAGGACAGCCAGAGCUCUUCUUCCUCGACCCACAGGGAGGUGGAGCAGAGGAACAGCUAACCUGCCACACACUCCUGCCAGUGGUCACAGAGCUGCAAGAUGGAUUUCAGCUGCCAUUGUGAUGAAGCCGAUGGUCCACAGUGGUCUGGUAGCCGGAGGGUAGCACCACCACUGCUGAGGUGCCUAUAAACAGGGCACUGACCCCCCUAAAUCCACUGUAGAGGCGCUGUGCUGUGCUGCGAUGUGAUCACCCAGUGCUCUCAUGUCCCUGUGGCUCUGCUGUGCACUAGAAUAACAGACUGUUGGCAGGGGUGUAUUUCAGAGUUGGAGUAAGCAGAGUCAAAUCUGUAGCUCAUGUACAGCUGAUUUUACUUUCAGUCUUAGUUACUAAACACACAGGCUGGAUGGAUGGAAUGAAAAAAGAAAAUAGAUGUGAAUUUGUAGUUGUGCAGGCAAUUUGUAAGACCGCUGAGACGUGCUGAUGUAAUGGGUCACAGUGGGAGUAGCAUGUUUGUAGUGAUGCUGAUAGAGAUUAUAUUGCCAGUUAAUGGCUUGUGCUUCCUUUGAAUUGACAAUACUUCAGAGGGAAUUGGACUACUCAACUGUAGUGAAACACCAUGAAUAAAAACACUGGGGUUUGGUUACUUUAUCUGUUGAAAGGUGUGUUCACUAAAUCUGUUGUGUUUGAUGGACAAAAUCCAGUCAAGUGUGAAACUGGUUUGUACUGUAGAAAGCAGCAGACUGGUUGGUAAUGUGACAUUGUUAUGUUGACCAACAGCACUUAAUAAUGCCAUACAUUUACAGUGAGUACAGUAGGAACAACAUAUUUCAAUGGUUCAGUGGUUAAAAGAAUGAUGAUGGUGUACUAUCUUUUAAAAUGUUGAUACUUUUUAAAAAACAAAACACUUUUCUAAUGAUGCCAUUAUGUAUAAUCACAACCUUAAAGGAGCAGUUUGAAAUUUUGGGAAAUACUCUUGCUUUCUUGCCAAGAGUUUUGAGAAGACUGAUGCCACAGGUUCCCACGGGUCCUUGAAAUCCAAUUAAGGCCUUUAAAGUUUUUAAAAUUAGACAUAAAUAGACUUGGAUCAUUUAAAGUGUUCAAAUUUAGAUAUUUUGCAAAGAAUAAAUGUCGAAUUUCUUUUGGUAUGGUCUGCCAUUACUGUUAGGCGGGAUUUAUACUCGUGCGGCAGAACUACGCACGUGGCCAACACUGUUGUGAGCAUUUAUACCUCUGUGGUGGUGUGUCUGUGUCUGCAGUUACACCUCAAAAACACUGGUCGGCGGUGCUGUAAAGUUUAGUUGAUUUAAAACACACCCAAAACACAGGUUAAACAUAGCUUAAUAGAGAUAAUUUCAAACACAAGUACACAAAUCAGCUUCACUAUAACUCGCAGCAUUCCCAGACAUAGCACUUGUGUUAAUCCAGACACAUUUUCCCCACAAAUACAACAUGCUAUACAUGUUUUUAGCACAAGCCUAUGGCAUUUUACAUUGUAUAAAUUAGCCUUGCAGCUAGGGAACUUUUCCUCUUCUCGUAGGAAUCCAGGGACAACAGCAGCAUUUAACAAAGGUAACAUGACAAAAUUCAGCUCCAUUACAACUCACAAGGUUCACUGACAAAACAACUGUCUUAUAUUAAACUCAUUUUCCAAACAAAUAUAAAAUGCUCACAUUAUUAGCACAAGCCUAUGGCAUUUUACAUUGUAUAAAUUAGCCUAGCAACGAGCAGAGAUUACCCGUGCUCAUAUGAAGCCAGGAUAAAUCCAGAAGUAUAAAUCACACACAAGACUUUAAAUGCUAUUUUUGGGGAGGCUUUGUUGUCUUCACAAUUCAUUGUUUCUUAUCCGUGAAAUUAAAAUAAUAAGCUUUAUUUCCACUGAGGGAAAUGGUUUCAACUUACAAAAAUAGACAAGAGGUCUGCGUCGCUGCAACAUGUAGUUAGUUUCUGGGGAGGCUGCACAUCAAGCUACGGCGUAGGGGGUGGCGUUGAUUCAACGCACGAGUAUAAAUUCGGCCUUACACAGCACAAUUCAAGCCUCUAUCUUUUAAUUUGUUAUCUGUGUGCUUCUGUAAAGCCUGCUAUAAACUUGGCAAUGCUGUAACAGUAAUCUUGAUCCAUGUCUCUAACCAUACCUUGUGGGGUCCUUGAAUUUGAGAGAACUGGGCCUUGAAAGUCCUUGAAAAGACCUUUAAUUUGGUGUUGGAGAAGGUGUGGCAACCCUGAUAACUUGUACGCAAACUCUUGACCUCUGACCUACUAUUUGUUGUAGAUUUGCUGAUGUUUUGAAGAGCAUUUAUCAGCCCACAGAAUAACUGUGUUCUGUGUUUUUUUUUCAUGUACUUUGGUUUCCUGGCAAAGAGGGGGCAGUGUUGCUCUUCUUGUUUUAGAAAACAAGUGUCAAUUUAUGCCCAACCGUAGAAAAGAUAGUUAAGCCAGUUAGCUAAACUUAGCUAAACAACUGCUUGCUUCAGCUACAUAUUUAGCGUACAGGCAUCAGGAUGGUAUCAAUCUUCUCAACUUCUCAUCAGUAAAGUCAGUAAGUGUAUUUCCCACAAUGUCAAACUACUCCGUAAAUGUAGAUAUGCAAUACUCAGUGGAGCUUCCAGUAAAUGUAACAUGUUUGUGUGAAAGUUUCUAUCCCUGAAACUGAGGCUGAACUACAUUCCUGCUUCUUUGUGUAAUAAUGGAUACAUCCCAUACUCACCAUCUUGUAGAGACCAUCAUGCAUGCACUGAUCAAACUGUGUACUCUGUUAUUUUGUCCCCAGUUUUGCUUAGUAUAAUCUCACUGUAACACUGCAGCUUGACUGCGUCUCAUUCCUAUUCAUGCUGACAGUAAUAUGGAAAAUAUAACUCUUUUUUAUAUUACUCAUUCAAUCAGGUUUUCAAGUUGUAAACUGCCAUGUGACUGUGUAGUGACUCCCACCCACUUCAACAAUACUG